AACACGAGUCUCCCUCCACCUCUUGCUAGUGUUGCUCCUCACUUUCCCGCAAUCCGGCCUGCCGAGAAAACGAGGGAAAGUUUCGGCCAACGCCAGCUCGAGAAAUGGAAGGCGACGACCUCCAAACGGCCGUCGCCGAUCAACGUCACGAGCUCGUCGCGUCCCGAGCCCUAGACUCUGACGCCGACUACGACUACGCCUUCCAACUCCAAAUUCAGGAAGCCAUAAGCGCUUCCCUCUCUCCUUCCCGUCCCUCGGCGUCGGGUCCUCCCCCCGCACCCCCCGCGGACGGCGCCUCGUGGGUCGGAGACGACGAGGACGGUCGGUCGUUGGCGACUGCUCUGAUGCUGGAGGUGCUGGAGGAGAUGGAGAGGUCCGCGCGGGAGCACGAGGAUCGCGCGCAGUGCGAGGCUGAGUUCCGGAGGAUGAGGCUGGAUUUGGACCGUCGGAUUCACGACCAGAGGUUCGCCGCCGAAGUCUUCGGGAUUCCUGAGGAAGAAUGGCAAGACUACGGGGACUUUUAUCACAAGCCGUUCGAGGCUGGUUGCUCUUCCUCUGCACCAUCAUCCUCGUCGGCGUCGUCCGCGAGUGGUGAGUGUUUCAGGGUUUAUGUCAAGGGUUUGGUGAGCGAGGAGUGGAUUAAGGAGGAGAAGGUUGUGGUGGCCGGGCUUGGGGUGGCUAUUUGUGAUUUCAAGGACAAUGUGAUUAUCGAGGUGAAGAAGCCUUUGAUCAAUGACAUUUUGGUCGGUGACUUAGAAGCUGAGAUCGAGGCCUUAGUCCAAGGGCUUCAUGCUGCGGUUUGCUUGGAUUUGAAGAGGGUUAACGCAUUGAUCGGCGAUGUCAGGCUGUAUAACUACUUAACAGGCAUCCAAUCGCCUGGACAAAGCAAGAUUACUGCACCGUUGAAUGAGGCUACUAUGCUCCAAAAGAAGUUGACAUAUUUUGGUGCAACCUUGGUGGGGCCAAAUGAUACUAAAUAUGCAUAUAAACUAGCAAGAGAUGCUAUUGUUUCUCAGAUCUCAUGGUCUGAGGAGACUAAUGAUGGGAAGAGCUUGAAGGAGACUUGUGUAAUAUGUUUUGAAGAUAGCAGUGUCACUGAAAUGUUUUCAGUUGAGGAAUGUCUGCAUAGGUAUUGCUUUUCUUGUAUGAAGAGGCAUGUGGAAGCAAAGUUGCUGGAUGGAGUGAUGAUUAAAUGUCCUCAUGAUGGUUGUAACUCUGAGGUGAAGAUCGAUAGCUGUGGUGGGUUUCUGGAACCAAAUGUUAUUUCAAUUAUGAGCCAACGGAUGAAAGAAGCAUCUAUUGCUGUGACAGAGAGAGUCUACUGUCCGUUUCCCAGAUGUUCCACUUUAAUGUCAAAACAUGAGCUUUUAGAAUAUUCCAAAGAGGUUUUUGUUGGAGCUGAACAUGGCGGAGCUAGAAAAUGCAUGAAAUGCCAAUUCUUUUUCUGUGUUGAUUGCAAAGUCCCCUGGCAUUAUAACAUGAGCUGCCAUGAGUACCAGAGGUCAAAUCCUAUUGCGGCUGCUGGAGAUGCACAGCUGAAGUUUCUUGCAAGUAUGAGACUGUGGCGUGAGUGCGUGAAGUGCAAAAAUCUGGUUGAACUGGCUGAAGGUUGCUAUCACAUCACGUGCAGAUGUGGACAUGAGUUCUGCUAUACCUGUGGAGCUGAGUGGAAGAAAAAGAAAGCAACAUGCUCCUGCCCAAUCUGGGAUGAACGGAACAUUAUUCGUGAGGGCGGCGGAAGGUACUGAUGCUAUGCGAAAAUGAAUGUACAGAAUCUAUAGAUCUUUAGUUUCUCAGAUUGUUGGGGAAAUAUAGGCAUCAGAAGUUACAAAAUAUAGGACAUGAGCAGGUGUCAUACGGCACUGCUUAUAUUUUCAUGAGAUGAAUUGUUAAUUCU